GUCAAACUUUCACGUUCUGCGAUAUUCGAACUUUAUCCAAAAGAGCGCAUAAAUUUUUCCACUAUAACGAGAAAUGCACUUUUAAUAAAAAUUUCGCGUUCAUUUAACUGAAUUAAUUUAUAUUAAUGAUUCGUGUUAGUUAUGAUUUGAAAAAAAAUCUCAAUCCACUCAGAAUAAAAAUUUUCAAAGGAUCAAAGUGUACUUUCUCCACUUAACAGCAAAAUAAUCAUAAUUUCUUUUCAAUAAUAAAAGUGAAUCUCAGUGGAACGUUCAUUUCUAUAUAUCCUCAUAUACAGUCAACAAUAAUAUUAUUGUGUUUUCAAAAAACAAUUUCAUUUUUUUUUCUAUAGAAAUUAUAACGACAAAAAAAAAAUCUCUUUGAAAAUGUGAACCCAUCGAAUAUUGGAUUUUUUUCUCUAAAUGAAUAUUCAUGGUAUAAAGAUGUUAUUCGAUUCAUAAAGUUGAGAUCAAUUUCGUUCUCAGGAAAUAAUUGGGAUCAAUGCAGUUUAUAAGCGUGCGGAGAUGCCUAGUGAAAGUUCAGAGUGUAGUUAAACUUAAAGUCGGUGUGCGCGACGACGAAGACGAAGACACGACGACAACGACAACGACGACGACGACACAGUUUACACAGUUUACACAGUGUCAACAAACUAAUACAGUUAAAACUCGAAUGUAUACAUUAAUGGAAGCUGUGAAAUGACAAGAUGAGACAAAUGCAAAAUCGAAAUCUCAUCAUCACAUGAAACUGUCUUUCAAAAGAAACAUAUCCUGUUUUCAACUUUAAAGAACUGCUGACUAUAUAGUAUAUAUACUUUAUUCAAAAAAGCCAGUUUACAACCAGAAUUCUAUUUGAAAAGGAAGUCAAAGAAGAAAAACAAGAGUAAAAAAAAGAAGAGUUAAAAAAGAUUUUAAAAAAAGAGUUAAAAAAAGACUAAAAAAAAGGGUAAAAAAAGGCUAAAGAAAAGAGUAUCAAAAAGACUAAAAGAGUAAAAAGAAGAGUAUCAAAAAGAGUAAAAGAGUAAAAAAAAAAAGAAUCAAAAAGACUAAAAGAGUAAAAAGAAGAGUAUCAAGAAAAAUAAAAAGAACAAACUUUGAAGCAAAUCCCCGUCAAUGUCUCUUCAUGGAAAAUAAUAAUUAAUCACAGUUUCGUUCUAUUCAGUCAUUGAAAUCUCGCCUCGUGACGAAUUGAUUUCCCAAGAGGAAGACACAACGAUGACGACUUUGAUAUUUCAAUAAUAAUGGGCAACAAUUUUUUCCUUCUUAAUUUUUUUUUUUCAAAAAAAAAACCUGUAUGCAAGGUUUCUACCUUUUCAUUAACACUAUUUUAAAAAAAACCCAUAAUUUAAUAAGCUUAUUUUUCAAGACAAAACGAUUAUAAAAGCAUCACAUCUCAGUUCUCUCUCGGAGUUCACUGAAGCCGUUCACCAAAAGCGGGGCUCUUCAUUUUAAUUAGAUUUGCAUUGAAAAAUUUUACUCCUUUUUACGAUUAAUUUAUAAACGAGAAAGACGAUUCAUUUGGGAAUUCAAUGAAAAAUUCAAAGUAGUGAUUUUCUUUUUCAAAAAAAGAAAAAAAAUGCAAUUUUCAUUUCAAUAGAUAUAAACUCAGUGAAAAUUCGAAUAUAUACGGUAAUUAAUAAUUAAAAAUUUGAAAGACAGAAGAAGAAGAAGAAAAUGUCGACUAGUUACUUAAUGACAGUGGGUUUAAUUUUUUUCGGUGUAGUGAAAUGGUGUGAUAGUUAUAAUAUUUUAAUGGCGACAAUGGGAGGUACAAAAUCGCACACGAUCCCCUUUAUUGCCCUUGGUACGACAUUGAUUUCAAGAGGUCACAAUGUCACUCUCGUCAGCGCAUUCAGUGGAUCGGCAGCGAAUAAUGGUCUCCAGGAAGUGGUACCCUCCAUUCUCGAGGCCUACGUAGGCAAUUAUACAUCGGAAUGGGAUUUGGUUGGUUCAAGAUUUCGCAAUGAAUUACCAAUUUCCCCUUGGGACGCAAUGCGAUAUGGAUGGGAAGCUUGCGAGGCAUUGCUGAGAGAUGAAGCUUCCGUAACGGUUUUGAGAAAACCAGAAGGCAACCCUCAAGCUCGUUGGGACGUUGCAAUUUUAGAUGGUGCUUAUCCUGAGUGCCUGCUAGGGAUUAUUCACGGCGAACGAAUACCCACUAUCAUGUUGAAUACAGUCGCUCUAUACACUGGUUCAAUCACACGUCAAGGGAAUCCAUCCCCAUGGGCUAUCAGACCUUAUUUCGGCAAAGCUUUCACGCAAGAUAUGAAUUUCCUUCAAAGAGUUUUAAAUGUCGCAUGUCUGAUGACUUUAGAAGUAAUGCAUUGGAUCAUGAUUACGGGAUAUCUACAGCCCACUUUGAGAAAAUAUUUAGGAGAUCAAGUCCCAGACGUGAGGGAUCUUGUUUCGGAGGUACCAUUAACUUUGCAAAAUAAUCACUAUUCUGUUGCCGAUUCUGUUCCCAAUUUGUCAAAUGUGGUUAACGUAGCUUGCCUCCACUGCAGACCAGCCAUGCAGCUAAGUCCCGAAUUAGAGUCCUUUCUAAGACGAGGAUUUAUCUUCGUUUCAAUGGGUUCGUCGGUCCGAGCAUCCGGAAUGCCGGAGGCUCUUCGAUCGAUGUUUGUGGCAGCCUUCUCAACCCUGCCAUUCAAUGUCGUUUGGAAAUGGGAAGGUGGCAAGAUUAAAGAUCUACCGCCAAACGUUAGAACUGGUGCUUGGUGGCCUCAACAGGAACUUUUGGGACAUCCCAAAUUACGAGCAUUUGUAUCUCACGGUGGCCUACUGUCCCUUCAUGAAGCUGCUUACCAUGGUUCUCCAACCCUGGUGCUUCCGGUCUUUUGCGACCACGACGGAAAUGCAGCACAGGCUGAAAAACUUGGCUACGCUCUUGUUGUGGAUUUGGCUAGUAUAUCGAUAAACGAUCUUCGAGAAAGUAUUUUAAAAGUUGCCUCACUUGACAAAAACUCUUACAGAGAAGCUGCUAAAAGAAGAAGUGUUCUGUUAAGGGAUCUCCCAGUAGGAACAAAAGAAUUAGCUGCAUGGUGGGUGGAACACGUGUCAAAGUACGGAGGAGCUGAACAUUUACAGAGUACUGCCAGACAUAUGGGUGUUUUGCAGUACUAUUCACUCGACGUGGCUGCUUUUUACUUGAUUAUUUCAGUGGUUUUAUUUUUCGGAGGAAAGAGCUUGUACCUAAGAGCUGUAAAAAGACAAUUCACAUCCAAGAAGAAAGUGGAGUAAUCGCCACCUUUUUACACACUCAAAAGUAUUAAAAAUAAUAAUGUAUAUUAUGUAAUAAUAUUUAUUACCGAAAAAUGUUUUUCUACUUUUUCAAAAAUAUUAAUUAUUUUUUGAAAAAUUAAAUGUAAACAUGUUUAUUAAUUUUAAGAAUAUAAUUAUAGUAUAUUUUAAUGACUCCCACUUUUCGAAAAAAGAAUGCAAGAAAUAAUAUGUUAUAUAUAUAUAGUAAAGAAAAAUUAUUUUUGAUAAGAAAAAAUUUAUUUAUAAAAUGAAUUUGUAAAAUUUACGCAAUAUUAAAA